CCUCGCGGACUCGGUUCGCUCUCGUGUUCGUCCGCGGAGCGCGGGACCCGCGCCCGGCGCCUCAGACAGAGGGGAGGUCUCCGUGCUUGCUUGAUCGACACACACCCCCCCUCCCCUGCAGCAGCCCCUCACACUGCUCCGCAGGAAGGGAACUCAUUAGCCCCCUGCAGUGCGGCCCGCGGCUCGGCAGCCCCCGGCCGGGCUCGGGCUGGGUUAGCUGGGCUACCGGGGGAACGGGUCCGAGGCGGUCUCUCUGAGCCACACCCCUGAAACUCCUGCUCUGCCGGCGCUUCUCCUGCAACUUUAGCGUCCGCGCGUCUGGUGGGGAAGGUCUCGCCGAGCCUCUGUCUCUCUCUCGUUCGUGCUGUUUUUCGGGGACCCUGCUUGUCUCGGAAGUAAGGGGACGAGCCGGCUCGGGCAGAUUGGAGAGGAAUGUGCGCAGUGGAACCAGUUGAAAAGACGCCCCGGCGCCCCUGACAGUGUCUGAACUCGCGGCUGGACAAGAACCGAACUCAGGCGACCUUUUCGACCCAGUGUCUGCAGCUGAUCAGGGGAUUAACAUCCUUACCGACUGUCAGAUAACUUGCCUUUUGACAUCCAGCUGCCCAAACCGUUACUCAGGGUUUAAGCUGGCCUGGUGCGGCAGUGCGGACCCCCUGACCUCCUGACCCGGGGCGGGAUGGACCGAGCCCAGCUGAACGCCAGCGCUCCGGGGGCCUCCGAGCCCAACGGCACGGCGCAGGCCGGAGGGGCUCACUCGGACUAUGAGGAGGAGAUCCUGCGCUACCUGUGGAAGGAGUACCUCUUCCCCCGGCAGUACGAGUGGGUCCUGAUCGCCGGCUACAUCUUCGUCUUCGUCGUGGCGCUGACCGGCAACAUCCUGGUGUGUCUGGCUGUCUGGAGGAAUCACCACAUGAGGACGGUCACUAACUACUUCAUAGUAAACCUCUCUCUGGCCGACCUGCUGGUCACUGCCAUCUGCCUGCCGGUCAGCCUGGUGGUGGACAUCACAGAGAGCUGGUUCUUCGGCCAGACGCUGUGCAAGGUCAUCCCCUACCUGCAGACGGUCUCAGUGUCGGUGUCAGUCCUCACCCUCAGCUUCAUCGCCCUGGACCGCUGGUACGCCAUCUGCCACCCGCUGAUGUUCAAGAGCACCGCGCGGCGGGCACGCAACAGCAUCGUGCUCAUCUGGCUGCUGUCCCUCGCCAUCAUGGUGCCCCAGGCCGUCGUCAUGGAGACCAGCAGCAUGAUCCCCGAGCUGGCCAAUCGGACCCUGCUGCUGUCUGUGUGCGAGGAGCGCUGGGGGGGGGAGGUGUACCCCCGCGUCUAUCAUGUCUGCUUCUUCCUGGUGACCUACCUGGCCCCCCUGUGCCUGAUGUUCAUGGCGUACUUCCAAAUCUUCCGCAAGCUCUGGAGUCGACAGAUCCCCGGCGCCUCGGGUGCCGUCUCUCGGAAGUGGGUGAGGGGUGCGGGGUCCAGCGAUGACGGGGGGCAGGCGCCGGGGGUCGAGAGGCCAUCGGGGUCCGCAGGGUUGGUGGCACGGCCGGGCACCGCGCCGAGCGCCGAGGUCAAGCAGCUGCGCGCCCGCCGCAAGACGGCCAAGAUGCUGCUGGUGGUGCUGCUGGUAUUCAGCCUAUGCUACCUGCCCAUCAGCGUGCUGAACGUGCUGAAGAGGGUGUCGGGCGUGUUCGACAACGCGGGCGACCGCGAGGCCAUCUACGCCUGGUUCACCUUCUCCCACUGGCUGGUUUACGCCAACAGCGCCGCCAACCCCAUCAUCUACAACUUCCUGAGCGGGAAAUUCCGGGGGGAGUUCAAAGCCGCGUUCUCCUGCUGUUUCCGGGGGCUGCGGCGGUGCCGGGGAGCGGAGGCCCGCCGCCUGGCACGCACCACCAGCCAGAAGUCGCUGACCAACGGGAGCAAGUCUGAGCCGCUGUCGUCGCGCGUGUCCGAGCACGUGGUCCUGAGCAGCGUCAGGGCCGUGCCCAGCUGAGCGCCCCCACAACACACACCAGCACGCAGCCCGGCAGACCCAUCGCACGCCCCACACCGACUGGAGACAAGCAGCGCGGCAUCUAAAUGCCUCUUGAUCGGGCUGUGUGAUCAAUAAGGGCAGGGUGGUGUUGAUCGGGCUGUGUGUGAUCAAUAAGGGCAGGGUGGUGUUGAUCGGGCUGCGUGAUCGAUAAGGGCAGGGUGGUGUUGAUCGGGCUGUGUGUGAUCGAUAUGGGCAGGGUGGUG